UGUAGUGGAAACCAAGACUGUUCUCGGGGCGGGUCAGCCGGUUUUGACUAUCAGAAGUUACUUUUCGUGGCAGGUUAUAAUUCGAUCAAGUUUAGGAAAAUGGUUACGGUUAGAUAAAAUGCAAAAACACACAACAUACUGUAUCUAGCUUACAACCAGGUCUGCCCUGAGAACACUCUUGGUUUCCACUAAUGCGAUCACAACAGUUGAUCGAACUGUUGUGGUCACGACUUGUCCUGUCUUGCUCAGGACUAGUCUGACUGCUUGAAAAUACAUAUCUCAAGAUAGGGCGGCUACUCGACUUCACAGGAAUUUACCUAAUGUAAUUUAUUCAUACAGGGAUGUCCAAGGAGACCAACACACAGGAGCAGUAACAUGGCUGCUGACGACAAAUCCUCCUCCUCAUCCUCUACGCUGGAUUGGAGUGUGGCGCCUCCUAUUUCCCCUGGCAGCCCAUCUCACCUGACACACUUCAAACCCCUGACUCCAGAGCAGGACGAGCCCCCGCUCCGAUCAGCAUACAGCUCCUUUGUCAACCUGUUCCGCUUUAACAAAGAGGAGGGGCGGCCACCCUCAGUGACAGAGAAACCGGAUGUGGUUGUGCCGUCACCCACUGGGGAGCGUAGGAACUGGACCAUACCAGCACACUCCAUCCACGGCUCUGGGGCGCAUAGGAAACAACACCACGAUCUUUUACGCAGGACUUCUACUGCUUCAGAGGGCCGUAGGAAAUCGGAAACGCCCCUGGGCACUCACGAUCCUCGUACGGCUGUUCAGCUCCGCACUGCUCUGAAGAGACUCAAGGAGAUCAUGGAGGGAAAGAGCCAGGACAGUGACCUGAAGCAGUACUGGAUGCCAGACAGCCAAUGUAAGGAGUGUUACGACUGCAAUGAGAAGUUCACCACCUUCCGCCGCCGCCACCACUGCCGGCUCUGCGGCCAGAUCUUCUGCAGCCGCUGCUGCAACCAGGAAAUCCCUGGCAAGUUCAUGGGCUACACGGGAGACCUGCGGGCCUGCACCUACUGCCGUAAGAUUGCUCUGAGCUACUCCCACUCUGCAGACUCUGGCUCCAUAGGGGAGGACCUGUCUGCUCUGUCUGACUCCUCCCCCUGCUCCACCUGCGUCCUGGAGCCCAGCGAGCCUCGCACCCCGGUCGGUGGACGGAAGGCCAGCCGCAACAUCUUCCUAGAGGAGGACCUGGCCUGGCAGAGUUUGAUUCACCAGGACUCUCAGAACAGUGGCAUGAAUUCUAGACGAAGCACGCUACAAGAGGAUGGAGGCAAGUCCCCAAUAAGGAAGCGGUCAGCCAGUGUGACCAACCUGUCCCUGGACCGGUCUGGCUCCUCCAUGGUGCCCUCCUAUGACAGCUCAGUGAGCCCCCAGACCAGCAGGGCCAUGCCAAAACCUGACCACAGCGAAGAGGAGAGGAAGAUACUGUUGGACUCAUCCCAGCUCAAAGACCUGUGGAAGAAGAUUUGUCACAACACUACUGGUAUGGAGUUCCAGGACCACCGCUACUGGCUCCGUACAUACCCCAACUGCAUUGUGGGGAAGGAGUUGGUCAACUGGCUGUUAAGGAAUGGAACUAUCUCCACAAGGGCACAGGCGAUAGCCAUUGGUCAGGCUCUGGUAGAUGGUCGUUGGUUGGACUGUGUCACUCACCACGACCAGCUGUUCAGAGAUGAGUACGCUCUCUAUCGCCCCCUCCAGAGCACAGACUUCUCUGAGACCCCGUCUCCUGACAGUGACAGUGUCAACUCUCUGGAGGGACACUCCGAACCUUCCUGGUUUAAAGACAUCAAGUUUGACGACAGUGACACAGACCAGGUGGCUGACGAGAAUGACUAUGUCAUGCCCAAUUCGUCCAGUCCUAGUAAGAGGACGUCAGUCAGCAGUUUCCAGUCAGCGGUGGACAGUGACUCUGCUGCCUCCAUCAAUCUCAAUAUGGAGCAGGACAAUGUCAACUUCCACAUCAAGAAACAGUCCAAGUACCCCCAUGUACCCCCGCACCCUACGGAGCAGAAAGAGUACCUGGUCUCAGAGGAAGGAGGACAGAAUAUCUCCAUUAGCGACGCCUUCAUCAAAGAGUCCCUGUUUAACCGUCGUGUGGAGGAGAAGGCUAAAGAGAUGCUGUUCACUCCUCUGGGCUGGCACCACAGCUCCCUGGACCAGCUCAGAGAGGAGAAUGGAGAGAAGAAGGCCAUGGAGAGGCUACUCUCUGCCAACCACAGUCACAUGAUGGCGCUGCUGCAGCAGCUGCUGUACAGUGAGUCCCUAUCCCUCUCCUGGCGUGACAUCAUUGUUCCCGUGGUGAGGCAAGUGGUGCAGACGGUGCGGCCAGACGUUCGCAGCUGUGAUGAUGACAUGGACAUCAGACAACUGGUCCACAUCAAGAAGAUUCCUGGAGGGAAGAAGUUUGACUCUGCUGUAGUGAAUGGCUUUGUCUGUACCAAGAACAUUGCCCACAAAAAGAUGAACUCGUACAUCAAGAACCCCAAGAUCCUGCUGCUGAAGUGUUCCAUAGAGUAUCUCUAUAGAGAGGAGACCAAAUUCACCUGCAUUGACCCCAUUGUGCUUCAGGAGCGUGAGUUUCUGAAGAACUAUGUUCAGCGCAUAGCGGACGUGCGUCCCAACCUGGUGCUGGUGGAGAAGACCGUGUCUCGUAUCGCUCAGGACAUGCUGCUGGAGCACGGGAUCACACUGGUCAUCAACGUCAAACCACAAGUCUUGGACAGGGUGAGUCGUAUGACCCAGGGGGACCUAGUCAUGUCCAUGGACCAGCUGCUCACCAAGCCUCGACUGGGAACCUGCCAAAAGUUCUACCUACACUCUUUCCAGCUGGCCAAUAAUGAAUUGAAGACUCUCAUGUUCUUUGAGGGCUGCUCUCCCCAGCUGGGCUGUACCAUAAAGCUUCGCGGGGCUUCUGAGUAUGAGCUGGCCAGGGUUAAAGAGAUCAUCAUCCUCAUGGUGUGUGUGGCCUACCACUCCCAGCUAGAGAUAUCCUUCCUCAUGGAUGAGUUCGCCAUGCCUCCCAGCCUGGCCAAGACCAACUCCUUCCCCUGUCUCCUGGAGAGCACUACUGUUGAGGAGGAGGAGGAGGAGGAGAGCCAGGAAAAUGGGACCGACCAGAGCACCCUCUCCCAGGGAGGAGAGACUGUGCUGGGGGAGGAGGAGGAGAAGUCUUCCCUUGGGAAAUCUGUAUCAGAGUCCUCCUCGCCUAAAGAUGUCCAUGGUGUAAAAGUCAACAAAAAACACUUCCUGUCCUCCUCUUCCUCCUUGGGGGCUGAGGGGGUGGAGUCAGCAGAGGUCAUGACCUCCACGCCGUUGUCCAAUCGCCAGGUGCUGCCACCUCCAGUAUCCCCACCCUAUCUUAUUGAUGACCUGGAGGAGUUGGCAGAUGAGAUCGGAUCGGGGAAGGGGGAGACUGAGGGGGGGAGCGGGUCGGGGGUUCUGGGGAGGGGUGAGUCGCGGGAGGAGAGCUCGGGUUCAGAGACCCCCCCCAGGCUGUUCAGAGACCCCCUGCAGGAUGACACCGGGCUGUUUGUCACAGAGCAGGUGGCCUCAACGGACGACCGUCUCAAGACUCUUACGGCAGGCUUCAAACAGGAGCUGAAGGACAUCAUCCUUUGUAUCUCCCCCUUUAUCACCUUUAGAGAGCCCUUCCUCCUCACGCCUGCUGGCCUACGCUGCCCCAGCAGAGACUACUUUCCUGAAAAGGUGUACCUCUCCCCGCUGCUGAACAAGGACUUCAAAGAACUGGACUGUCGACGUAAGCGACAACUCCUCAAAGACUCCGCCCCGUCAGGUGGAGGCAUCACCAACGGAGUCCCUCCCCUCCGCCCCAUCCAGGUGUUACCCUCCCACCACCUUACCAGCGCCCGCAUCGCAGAGCAGCUGGGCAGCAGCCAGGACCUGGCCAAGAUGCUGGCAGACUACCGUGCCCAGGGGGGCCGCCUCCGGCAGGAGGCAGACCCCUUCACCCAGCCCCUACCUCAGGCACCAGUCCGGGAGGCUCCACCGCCCAAGCACCCCGUCAAGGCUGAUAGUGAAGAAGAGAAACCAGCAGGACAGAACGACAUGACCUGGGCCUCCAAGCUGGACUGCCUGAACCCGGUGAACCACCAGAGACUGUGUGUUCUGUUCAGCAGCUCCUCAGCCCAGUCCAACAACUCCCCCAACCCCUGCGUCAGUCCCUGGAUUGUCACGAUGGAGUUCUACGGAAAGAAUGACCUCACACUAGGAAUAUUCUUGGAGAGAUACUGUUUCAGGCCAUCCUAUCAGUGCCCUAGUAUGUUCUGUGAGACUCCCAUGGUGCACCAUGUGCGGCGGUUUGUCCAUGGCAGUGGCUGUGUUCAGAUCGUACUGAAGGAGCUGGACUCUCCUGUGCCUGGAUACCAACACACCAUCCUCAACUACUCCUGGUGCCGCAUAUGCAAACAGGUGACUCCUGUGGUGCCCCUGUCUAAUGACUCGUGGUCCAUGUCCUUUGCUAAGUACCUGGAGCUGAGGUUCUAUGGUCACCAGUAUACCAGGAGGGCUAAUGCUGAGCCCUGUGGCCACUCCAUCCACAAAGACUACCACCAGUACUUCUCCUACAACCAGAUGGUGGCCUCAUUCAGCUACAUCUCAGUGAGACUGCUGGAGAUCUGCCUCCCUCCCCCGAAGAUCUUCAUCAGGAACCAGGGGCCCUCCAAGGCAAGCAUGCAGCAGGACCUUAAGGACUUCUCACAGAAGGUGAAUCAGGUGUACCUGGCCAUAGAGGACCGCCUCACCUCCCUGAAGACGGACACCUUCAGCAAGACACGCGAAGAGAAGAUGGAGGACCUGUUUGCACAGAAAGACAUGGAGGAGGCAGAGCUGCGUAGCUGGAUAGAGAAGCUGCAGGCUCGUCUCCAGGCUUGUGGUAGUGACUCCCCCCAGCAGCUCCAGACUGUACUGGAAUCAGUGGUAGUGAAGAAACAGAGCCUGUGUGAAACACUGCAGUCCUGGAACAGCAGGCUGCAGGACCUGUUCCAGCAGGAGAAGGGCAGGAAGCGUCUGUCUGUCCCAGCCAGCCCUGGGAGACACAGACCGACAGACGACAGCAAGACCAGUGUUCUGGAGUCUUCUCCACGCAACCCCUCCCCUGUGGUACAAAAUGGUGACAAAGAGGACCGUCACCUCACUACCCUGCCCUCGAGCUCGGGGUCGUCAUUGCUAACGUUACCGUCACCAGGGGAACCCGGCUCAGAACCCCUCUCGUCUGGACCAUCCUUUCCUGACCAGGACUCUGUCAGCAUCCCAGAGGAUGUGUUUGAUGGACACCUGUUGGGCUCCAAUGACAGCCAGGUGAAAGAGAAGUCCACCAUGAAGGCCAUUCUAGCCAACUUGCUGCCAGGCAACAGUUACAACCCCAUCCCAUUCCCAUUUGACCCAGACAAGCAUUACCUGAUGUAUGAGCAUGAGAGAGUGCCCAUAGCCGUGUGUGAGAGAGAACCCAGCUCCAUCAUUGCAUUCGCUCUCAGCUGUAAGGAGUAUAAGACCGCUCUGGAUGAGCUGUCAAAGACAACGGUGAAGGCUGGAGGCGAGGACACCACCCAAACCAUCAGCUCCGGAGAGAGCCGGGCCAAGAACAGCCCAGCCAAGCCCAAUGAGACGGCCUCCUCCCAGAUGGGUCCGGGCCGCAGCAGCAUGGACACUGACCCUCUCAAAGAUGCAGACAUAGGAGACAAGCACAAGAAGUCAGCCGGAAACCCUCAUAUCGAAUUACAGUUCUCUGAUGCCAAUGCUAAGUUCUACUGCAGGAUCUACUAUGCAGAGGAGUUCCACAAGAUGAGAGAGGAGAUCAUGGACAGUACGGAGGAUGACUUUGUCCGCUCGCUCUCCCACUGCGUCAACUGGCAGGCCCGUGGCGGCAAGUCUGGGGCCGUCUUCUACGCCACCGAAGAUGACCGGUUCAUCCUGAAGCAGAUGCCCAGACUAGAGGUUCAGUCCUUCCUGGACUUUGCCCCUCACUACUUCACCUACAUCACCGGAGCUGUGCAGCAGAAGCGACCCACUGCCCUGGCUAAGAUCCUGGGUGUGUACCGGAUCGGCUACAAGAACUCCCAGAACAACUCUGAGAAGAAGCUGGAUCUGCUGGUCAUGGAGAACCUGUUCUAUGGCAGGAAGAUGGCCCAGGUGUUCGACCUCAAGGGUUCUCUGAGGAACCGCAACGUUAAGACCGACUCUGGGAAGGAGAGCUGUGAGGUGGUUCUGCUGGAUGAGAACCUACUGAAGCUGGUCCAUGACAACCCUCUGUACAUCAGAGCCCACUGCAAGGCCAUCCUGAGGGCUGCCAUACACAGUGAUGCCUACUUCCUGUCUAGUCACCUGAUCAUAGACUACUCACUGCUGGUUGGACGAGAUGACACCACAGACCAGCUGGUGGUGGGAAUCAUAGAUUACAUUCGGACAUUCACAUGGGAUAAGAAGCUGGAGAUGGUGGUGAAAUCCACAGGGAUCCUGGGAGGGCAAGGUAAGAUGCCCACAGUGGUGUCUCCGGAGCUGUACCGAUCGCGUUUCUGUGAGGCCAUGGACAAAUACUUCCUCAUGGUGCCUGACCACUGGACAGGUCUAGGGGUCAACUGCUAACUGACACCAUGGAGCUAGCCUGAGUUCCAGAUCUGUUUGUGUCGUCUAGCCAAUUUCUAUGUCAUUGUCACGGCAUGUUUGGCAACACAGCAUAAACGGAUCUGGGACUCGCCUGCUAGCUGCAGAACACAACAUGGGCAUCAGUUACCAGGAGGGACAGGAGACUACAAUGCAGAAAAACCCUUUGCCCAAUAAGGAACCAUAAAAGCAUACUGGAUGGAUUGAUGAAGAGUAAUGCAAGGCCAGUAUACAACGACUCAAUCAUUCCAUAGUAUUAUUAUGAUCUACUAGACUGUAAACGAGUGACUCGAGAGUAUUAUUGGAUGUCGUGACUGUCCAGUAAAAGCUGGGCCCUAAUUUAUCCUGACAUGGAAAGAACUUAAUUCCCUAAUCUUGAUGUGUCAAACUGUUUCACGCGGGCACAGUGAGAUGGCACUGAAAAAAAAAUCUUACUUGGUGGUCCUAGUUUGGUGAACAAAUGAAUCAAUGUGAUGUAAAUGUACAGAGAGUAUGUAAUUAAAGAUUAACACUGAUUUCACAAAUGUUUUAAA